GUUCUGCCCGAGUCAGUCAGUUCUGCUCGGCCGGCGGUGGCACCACUACUGACUCGACGGCGCCGCUCUUGGCGCCGCUCGUCCCGAUGGCGCCGCGGCCCGUCUUCCUUGCCGCCCUGCUCUGCAUUUUGGCCUCUGCUGUCUACGCAAGCUGGGAAGAGUGGUGGACCUACGAUGGAAUUUCAGGCCCGGCGUUUUGGGGCCUCAUUAAUCCUCAAUGGAACUUGUGCAAUAAAGGCCGAAGGCAAUCACCUGUCAACGUGGAGCCCACGUCGUUACUCUACGACCCUCACUUAAGGUCGCUCCAUAUUGAUAAACACAAGAUAAGUGGCAUCUUAUGGAACACUGGCCAGUCGCUAGUGAUGCGGGUUGACAAGGACACGAAGCAUCACAUCAAUAUCACAGGUGGUCCACUAGCGUAUCGAUACCAAUUCGAGGAAAUCUACAUUCAUUAUGGAACAGAAAACCACCAAGGCUCUGAGCACAGGGUUCACGGAUACGCGUUUCCUGCUGAGUUGCAGCUCUAUGGCUACAAUUCUGAGUUGUAUCGCAAUAUGACUGAAGCACAGCACAGAGCACAAGGGGUUGUUGGAGUGUCUAUCAUGGUGCAGAUCGGCGACACGCCCAAUCCUGAGCUGCGAGUGAUCACGAGUUCGUUCAGCAAGCUGACCUACAGGGGCUCACACACGCCUAUCAAGCACCUGCAGCUGCGUAGCCUUUUGCCAGACACGGACCACUACAUGACCUACGAGGGCUCGACCACGCACCCUGGCUGCUGGGAAACGGCCGUCUGGGUCAUCCUAAACAAACCCAUCUACAUCACCAAACAAGAGUUGUAUGCGUUGCGCAAGUUGAUGCAGGGCCCCGAGGAGAGCCCCAAAGCACCCCUUGGCAACAAUGUGCGCCCCCUGCAGCCGCUGUACCAUCGCACUGUGCGAACCAACAUUGACUUCACUAAUAAACAGGGUAAAAACUGCCCCAGUAUGUACCGCGACAUGCAUUACAAAGCUAACGCGUGGCAGGUCAGUGAACAAGACACCUUCUAUCCUUCCUAGAGUGCGAACGUGAUUAUGUCACAAGGUUCAAGACUGUUGCAAAAAGGACAUAAAUCUCAAAUUUUGAUUGAAUCCAAUCAAUUAUUACAAUGAAUACAAAUAAAUAUGGAAAUAUACAGAAAUUAAUGGCUCUAUAUAAAUAUAGUUGGUGAAAAACUGCUGUGUAUAAUAAAUCGUAUAUAUUCGUGUUAUUCGAAACAUAGCCUGCAAGAGAAAUGAAAAUAUUCGUGUUAUAGAAGAGAGGACGAAUGUUUGUUUAAAAUGAAUAAUAAUAACACAUGUAACAACAGUAAUAUCGCAAAAUUUAUUUUUAAUUCUAUUUUUAUUUCCCGAAUAAUAAAACGACACCAACAUUAUUCACCUGAUAAUCAAAUCAUUCAAUUUCAUGUUAAACUUUAAAUAAUAAAUUGUUCCUUUUUGAUGUUUACGGUUGAAACGAUAAAAACUGUUAACAUACUAUGAAGGCUACGAUGUAAUCAAUCUGCUCAAAAUAGAUGAGCUUUGGGAACUUGGAAAUUUUGGUAGAGUAGCUGUGUAGUUUUGAAUGUUGGAAAAAAUAUGAGUGUCAUUUCAAAACUUUAGGACUGUUUUGGAAAAUAAAAUAGGUUCCCAUU